UACUUCCUUCUUCCUUAAUGAUAAACAUCAAAAAUAAAGCUUAUCUACCAGAGAUGUCAAAUAUCUCGACAGUAUAUUUUGGUUUUAGUCCAUAAAUGUUCUUUUCUGUUUCGUUCACGCGUCAAGAAAUCUUGCAUUUCUGUGGAAUAGGGGGGAUUUGUCUUUAGCAGUUCAUGCAGCUGCAGCAUAACAGCAGAAACUCAUUGAUUUAUUAAGUAUACUUUACUACCACUGGGUUGGACUCCCUUCUUGGGACUUCUGUAAUUCAUCACGUCAUAGAUUAACAAGAUGUCAGAACCAUUCAGAGGUUUUGGUCCGUACUGACAUGAUAGCGUCAGUCAGUUGUCGCUGAACUGUUGACUGCACAUCCAUGAUACAAAUCGCACAUUCUACUGAAUCUCAAAGAGGCUGUUUUAUAUUUAGAACUGCUGACUGGAGGCCAUGGGAGUACAGCAAACAUCCUGUCAUGUUCACCAAAACAGUUUGAGAUGAUUUGAGCUUUGUGACAUGGUGCAGUACAGUGCUGGAGGUUGCCAUCAGAAGAUCAGUUGUUACUAAGAGGGCAAAAGAGUGCCAAGAAAAUAUCCCUAUCACCAAUAGAUCCCAUCAUCAGCACAACCUUUGAGACAAGCUGGGAAUGUGUGUCACUGGAUCAGGUAAUGUAUUUCCAAUCUGUCAUUGUUAGUUGUUGUCAGCCUAUCAAAACAGGAGCAUCAGUUUUCAUUUCUUAGUUGACAAGAGUGACACCCGGUGUGGUGUUUGGCACUAUAACCCAUCUGCUUCAAGAUUUGACUUCUUGUGCAUUUAGAGAUGUUGUUCAGCAUAUAUUGGUGGGCAUAUAAGCUGUAAGCACCCUGUUUUUGAAUAUUGAGUAUUGUCAAUCCAUUUUAACAACCUAACUCAACAUGAGGAACCUGCUGUGGCACAUUAACUUGAAAACAGUGGACAUUUAUGUACAAGGUCAUCAUGUUCACACAAUGUGUUUCUAUGUCUUCAUGCGUUUAGAAACAUGUUCUACAGGGAAUGCAAAAAGGUUCAUUUUACAUCCUAUUAAGACAAUUGUGAGCUAAAUUAAAAUCUGCUGUACCAAAAUGUAGUUCCCUUCACUGCUCUGCUUUCACAUUCAAGGCCAGUUGCACUAAAUGGCUCUGAAAGGUUUAGUAAAGUAAUAGCAUCAAAAGAUGAUCAAAGUAAGGAACGUAUCCAAAUAGAGAAUAUGGUGGCAGCCAAUUUUUACCGUUCCCUUCUAAUAGUCUAUUCCUGCACAUCUUUUUUUUCAGGUUACAUACUCAGGAGCGAGUUGAACUGGUUUGACAAUCCCAAUCUCAGCAGGAAGUUGUUUGAGUAAACACCCCCUUCUGCUAUUUUAUCACUUUGUCGCAAAGGCUAUAAGGACAAGGAUCACUGACCAACACGGCUUCCCAGCUUGUUUUCUGACUCGCAGGGAAAUGAGAUAAAGCUUUCCAAAUUUAUCGUUUCAGCGGAAACAGUACAAGUAAAAAUGGCACAGAUGGAACCCCAAGAGGAAAGUCCCAAAACCUCAACAGAGGAGCUCACAGAGGAAGAGUUCCUCAAAAAUCUCUACAUUUUCAUGAAGAAGCGAGACACCCCCAUUGAGAGGAUCCCUAAUCUGGGCUUCAAACAAAUUGAUUUAUUUCUGAUGUUCAAGACUGUCAGUGACUUGGGUGGCUAUCAUCAGGUGACUUCUCAUCAGCUGUGGAAACGGGUUUACAACACACUGGGAGGAAACCCUCGAAGCACAAGUGCAGCCACCUGCACACGCAGACACUAUGAAAAGUUGCUUCUACCUUACGAGUGUCACCUGAAAGGCGUAUUAAUGAGUACCGUGCCUCACCAUCAGCAGAGACCUUACCGCUACAACAAAGAUGACGAUGGGGGCCAAAGGCCAUCAAAACGCAGGCUGUCAACACUACCGCCGGGACCUCACUGCUUCCAGUCAGACCCACACGGGAAUCUCUACCCUCUGCCUCUCCAGUACCACCAUUACUACCAUCCAGCACACCCUCUUCUGCCAUCUUAUGUCCCUAUCGCGCCCUCUGCAAUAACACCACAUGGCCCCCCUGCUCCCAAGCUUGUACGAUUCCCCAUCCCACAGACUCAUGAAGACUUGACCGACUUUGGAAAUGGGCCUCUGCAAAAACUUCGCAAUAUGGCGGAGCAGUACAAGAUCUCAUCUGGAUUGUCAACUUCUGAACCCCUAAAUCUGAGCAAGAAAGCUUCAGCCCAAGAGUCCAACACUAACCCUGCCUCAUCAUUCUCCCCACCUUCAUCCAGCAAGAAUCCCAGGUUUCUAAACAAACCAUCAACGCUCUACACCCGUCAUCCUGGCGGCACAGUGAGAAGUGAGGGAAAUGAGACAGAGGAUGAUGAAUCCAGCAAAGGUGUUCUGACCCUUUCUGAGUCUGAGAAACAGAACGAGACCCACGAUGCCUCUGUCAAAGCACCAUCACCCUCAGACAGCCCAAUAUUUAUUUCCGCUCUGAUGCCUGAACUAGACAAAGACGCCAUUGUAGCAACACCAAAACCCAGCUCUCUGAAAGCAGAAUUUCCAGUUCAGCCAGCAAAGGACAGAGACGGCAGAACAGAUGUAGAGGGUUUCAAUCUCAGUCAUGUUCUGCCAAGGAUUGCCAGUGAGAAGGAAGGCAAGAUGGAAAUUGAGGUCCCACUGUCCGUGUUUCGCAACUGGCUCAAGUUGUACGGUCCUUCUUCUAAGCUGCCUGAAGCUAAAGAGCUUCUUGCCUCUCAUUAUGUGGAGUCCUUGGGAAAAAAGAGCUUGUUGGAAAUGGAUAUUUCCCCGACAGACCUGAGAUUUCAUAGUCCUCAAGAUCAGAGUUCCGCUGAGGACCUGAGGCUAAGGCCCAAACCAAGCCUCGUGCCAAACACAGAGAAGGAGAAUGACCAGGACUGUCAUUUCACCAGUUGCAAGACUUCAGGUGGCCUUCCAAGAAAAGGGGGAGCUGGUGAGGACAUCUGGCCAGUCAAUCAGCAGGAUAUCAAUAUGUCAUACAAGCUCAAGUCAACAGAUUUAUGGGACACCUAUUCCAAAGAGACUAUGCUUCCCCACAGUCUAACUAAACCCAAUUCCAGUCUCCCGAGAGUGCAAGCACCUAAGUUCUACAUUGAAGACUUGGUUUUCCGAGAGGGAUGCAGAGAUUAGAACUAAAGCCUUCAGCUGUGCUGAUAGUAAACUCCAGCCAUGUAUCUGUGUUUCCCCUGACCACCGAAGACAUGACGACGCUCAUGACAAUCAGGGAAAGACACCAACACCACAUUUAAGCUGUUUCCGAUAAUUAAACUCCUUGUUAACUUAUGUAACAUUAAGAAAGAUAUUAUUUUGAAAUAAUAUGUCAUCAGGUAGUGUAAGUUGCAUGACUUUUAAAGAUGAUAGCACAAACAAGAAAUAAGAAAAUAUAUGAUUUUAAAAAAAACUUAAAUUCUGAAUCUGAAGAAAAUGAGAUUCAUGAGUUUCAUGUUUUAUAUCUCUAUCAAGUAGUUAAUUCCAAUUUAACUUAAGAAAUGUCAUAAUAAAUAUUAGAGCAUGGAGGAAACAAAUGUCAUGCAUGUUUAAAACAAAAAAACUUAUGCUAGCUUUCAUUCCACUUUACUUCUGAAGUUAGCUGAUUUUCAGAAUUUCGAAUUUACUGUAAAGAUGUAAAUAAGAUUUUGUAUUGU